UUGAAAGAUUACUUUUGGAGGGUGCAAAUCCAAAUUCACACAAUGAGGAUGGAUUGACUCCAUUGCAUCAGUGUGCUAUCGAUAAUAAUGAGCAAAUUUUGCAAUUACUUCUAAGGCACGGAGCUGAUGUGAACGCGCAGGAUACAGAGCAGUGGACACCAUUGCACGCAGCGGCUUGUUGUGCUUAUAUCGAUGUUGUUCGUCUUCUUAUUGAUAAUGGUGCUGAUUUGCUAGCGGUGAAUGCAGAUGGUAAUAUGCCAUAUGAUAUCUGUGAUGAUGAGGCCACACUGGAUGUUAUUGAAUCUGAAAUGGCAUCACGUGGCAUCACGCAAGCAUAUAUUGAUGAUCAGCGUGGUGCAGCUGAAAAGCAAAUGUUGGAUGAAAUGAAAUUAUUGAGGCAAGAGGGACAUCCGCUGGAUGUGAGACAACCAGAUGGGAGCACAUAUCUACACAUAGCAGCAGCUAAUGGUUACUAUGACGUCGCAGCAUUCUUGCUGAGGUGUGGUGUAUCGCCGUCAGUACGGGAUAAUGAUCUUUGGAUGCCGGUUCAUGCAGCAGCCUGUUGGGCUCAACCCGAUCUUAUCGAGCUCCUUUGCGAGUAUGGUGGUGAUAUUAACGCAAAAACAAAUAACGGCGAAACAGCCUUAGAUCUUUGCGAGGACACAACAACAAGAGCGAUAAUUGUUACUGUUCAACAACAAGAAGCGAGGAAAAAGCGCUUAGCAUUUGGUGUACGAGAUAGCAGGAGGCAAUCCAGAAAGAGAAAAAAGUUCGAAUCGCCGCAGCAGCCUACAGCUAAUACAGACAAUCCUUUCUCUGCUCGUGGUGCUAUUCGACGUCUUUCAUUAAGGGAUCGUUCGGGAAUGACUUUGGCGAGAAUGGAAGCUCAAAAGGAGCAAACAGAUUUGUUGCGGUCAUGGAGUAAAGAAGAUGUUUCAUUCGGAAAGGAUGACGCUAGUUCUGCCAACAAUUCAGCAAAUGCUGGACAAAGUAGUCUAGAAAGUGCAACUCAUGCUGCAGGGCAGUUUGAAAUUCGUCGGCGCGACAGUCCUAGUAAGAAGGUUAUCAAACCGUCAUCGCAGAAAACAAAACCGAUGUCACCAGAUGAGUGGUUACGAAAACUGGAUAAAGAAAAUGGUUGCAUCGAAGAUGACGACGAAUCCAGUUUGCAACUGCAGAGAGGUGGACGAACUCGGAGCAGUCAAAAGAAGAAGAAGAAAGCCAAUUCUGGAACAACAGAAUUGACGGUCCUACAGAACGGUGGUGGUGGUGAUGAUUUAAUAUCAUCUAUUUCAACGCACAGCAUGCGAUAUCCAGAUUUUCCCGAUGUUAUUAGGAGACAUCAGAAGAAGACAUGCUGUUGUACUAUAACUUAGGGUUAUAGAAUGGAUAAAUGAUGAUGCACUGUGUGCAAUUGAAUUAUUAACUACAAUUAGUAUCAUUAUCACUAUUUCUAGCCCGAUUUUUACUUCCACUGCUACAUUUUACCUAAGAAUUCUCGAAAAUUCGUUUUCGC